AAACUUUCUGCAUGGGAGAGCCAUUCCCCCUCGGAGGAGCGUGUCACACUGUAUGUCACCGUCAUCAAAGGGGCUGUGCAUAAACCUGAAAAACCAAACGGACCUGUCUGUAGGUGUUACUUAUACACAGGGCUGCAGGUGCCCUUAUUUCCACUGUUCACCGUGCUGGCAGCGCCUGCCUUCUCUGGCCACAGAACCUCCUCCUUGGACCUACUCUCCGCUGUCCUCACGAUGAUGUUGGACUCAGUGACACACAGCACCUUCCUGCCCAAUGCAUCCUUCUGCGACCCCCUGAUGUCCUGGACUGAUCUGUUCAGCAGUGAAGAGUAUUAUCCUGCCUUUGAGCAUCAGACAGCCGGUGACCCCUACUGGACGUCGGUGCACCCCGAGUACUGGACGAAGCGCCACGUCUGGGAGUGGCUCCAGUUCUGCUGCGAGCAGUACAGGCUGGACGCCAGUGGCAUCUCCUUCUGCCACUUCAACGUCAGCGGCCUGCAGCUGUGCAGCAUGACACAGGAGGAGUUCAGAGAGGCGGCCGGCGUCUGCGGGGAGUACCUGUACUUUAUCCUCCAGAACAUCCGCGCGCAAGGUUACUCCUUUUUUAACGACACUGAAGAGACCAAGGCCACCAUCAGAGACUGUGCUGAUUCCAACUGCUUGAAAACAAGUGGCAUCAAAGGUCAGGACUGUCCCAGCCACAGUCGAGCAAGCCUCCAAAGUUCUCAUCUAUGGGAAUUUGUGCGAGACCUGCUUCUAUCUCCUGAAGAAAACUGUGGCAUUCUCGAAUGGGAAGAUAGGGAGCAAGGUAUUUUUCGGGUCGUUAAAUCAGAAGCCCUGGCAAAGAUGUGGGGACAGAGGAAGAAAAACGACAGAAUGACGUACGAAAAGCUGAGCAGAGCCCUGCGGUACUACUACAAAACGGGGAUUCUGGAGCGGGUCGACCGGAGGUUAGUGUACAAGUUUGGAAAGAAUGCACACGGGUGGCAGGAGGACAAGCUAUGAUCUGCUCCGUCAUCAAGCUCGUUUUAUGGAUUUCUGUCCUUUAAAACAAUCAAAUUGCAAUAGACAUUUGAAAGUC